ACACCCAAGUAAUGAAAGCGUAAAAUGCACGCAGGGAUGUACUACAGACUGUAGGGUCCACGCAUCCUCUUGUGUUCGAGUACGUGAGGAGCUUGCGUGUCUCAAGUGGGACGGGCAAACAAGGAGAAAAGCUCCGGGCGGCCCUAUCCACUUCUCCACUUCUAAUGAGCAGCUCGGCUCGUGCAGGAGUAAAAAAAAAAAACAGUCCAGGUGGAAUCUUGACUCACUUGCGUGGAGACGUCAAACUAGUAGUGCGCAAGGAUAUUAACAUUGGUGACGCAGGGAUUCGCUGGAUCACUUCAACUCAUCGGGAGCAUUCCAAGGACAUUUGGCCCACUGAACCAACACACCCCAUCAUGAUGAGGACAUGGGUGACUGCCAUCUACCUGGUGCUCCUGUUGUCCUGCGCUAGUCAGGCCAAGCCGAAUGGAUCCAAGAGCAAGAAACCGAAGCAAGUCAUACCAGCCAUCGAGUGCGACGUCAGAGCGGGAAAGAUCAGCCUUCCGGAAUUCAUCGUCAAAUGUCCUGCACACUGUCGGGAGACCAAGCAGCAGGUGUACGGGACGGGUGUGUUCGCCUCCAUCUCCAGCAUCUGCAACGCCGCCAUCCACAGUGGAAUCAUCACUAAUUCAGGAGGGAAAGUGAUUGUGAGGAAAAUGGCAGGUCAGAACAUCUACAAAGGUAGCAACUCCAACGGCGUGCGCUCUCUGUCACUUCCGAAAUGGAGGGAAUCAUUCGUUGUCACAGAGGGGAAGCCCAAGAAAGGAGUCAUCUACCCUUCUACCCUUGACUUCGUUCCUUCAAGACCAACCUACGUGAAGACAAGUCAAAAGGACAAAGCCCCCGCGGUAAUCACAGCGCUUCCUCCAACAACACCAGCACCUGACCCCACCACCACGGUGACCACACCCGAACCUACCACUAUCGCCGCCACCACUACCACCCAAGCUCCCACUACCACUACAACUCCUCUGACACCACCACCCACCACCGUCAAAGCUCGUGCCGUCGUGCACAGGGUCAGAGACGCAGGCAGCAGUCACCCGUACCUGGCCUCUGUAGCAGCUUCCAGUUCAAGACAGUCACAGAGUGCUCAAGGCAAGAGCCCCAGCCAAGUAUUCCGAGGGAGUGCCUAUCCGAAUAGAUUCCCGCAGCGUGCCAGUGCAGGUCUGCGCAGAGCUGAGGCUGUGCCGGCAGUGAGGAGACAGUCGGCGUCUCCAGUUGGACCAGCUUUGAACAGAGGUCAGGCAACCCAACAGGAGCGAAGUCCAGUCUUGAGCCAAUCCAAUCCUGUUUUACCCAGGAGGGACUGGGGCCCUCCGUCGUUCCCUCGUCCUGAGUGGUUCCCUGGAGCUAGGCGAUCAUCAGAUGUUAUUUAUGCAGCUCCAGACUCAGGAUACACCUGGAGUGACUCGGACAACCCUGAAGUGACAGCUCAGGAUCACAGGCCUGAUAUCUCAGACUUUGAGCGCUGGUAUUAUAACAUUGGAUCAUACCUGUCCCGAGCCGCUGACUUGGAGGGCAACCGCCAAGCGCCGCUGGAUACAACCCAUACAAGAGUGGAGACAGUGGACACGUGGAGACCAGAUGCAAACCUUUAUGAAUCAGGUUUCAAUGUGAGAGAGCAGGCACCUGCACCAAGAGCACCAGAACCUGUGUCACAGGGAGACCCAGACUGCAAGGUUGACUUGGUCUUCCUGAUGGAUGGGAGCUGGAGCAUCGGGAAGCGUCGUUUUAAGAUCCAGAAGGACUUCCUGGCUGAGGUGGCUCAGGUCAUCAACAUUGGCGUGGCUGGGCCCAUGAUGGGCGUCAUCCAAUAUGGGGACGACCCCGUGACAGAGAUCAGCCUGAAGAGCCACUCGAACUCCAGGGACGUGAAAACCAGCAUCGCUAAGAUUGUGCAGAAGGGAGGACUCUCCAAUGUGGGGAAGGCCUUGUCCUACAUCAACAAGUUCUACUUCAGUGACGCCAAUGGGAACCGAGGAGGAGCGCCCAAUGUGGCUGUGGUGCUGGUGGAUGGCUGGCCCACAGACAAGGUGGAGGAGGCGUCCCGGCUAGCGAGGGAGUCCGGCAUCAACAUCUUUUUUGUCACCAUUGAGGGUCCUGAUGACAACGAAAAGCAAAACCUGGUUGAGGCCAACUUUGUGGACAAGGCUGUGUGUCGCACAAACGGCUUCUUCUCCAUGCCCGUGUCCAGCUGGUUCGCUCUGAGAAAAGCCAUGCAGCCUCUGGUGAAGCGAGUGUGCGACACAGACCGACUCGUGUGCAGCAAAACCUGCCUCAACGCCAACGACAUCGCCUUUGUCAUCGAUGGCUCCAGCAGCGUGGGUACGGGCAACUUCCGUACCGUGCUGCAGUUCGUGGCCAACAUCACGCGAGAGUUCGAGAUCUCAGACACGGACACGCGAGUGGGCGCCGUGCAGUACACGUACGAGCAGAGGCUGGAGUUCGCCUUCGGUCAGCACAACAACAAAGCCGAGCUGCUCAACGCCAUCAAACGCAUCGACUACUGGAGCGGAGGGACCAGCACGGGAGCGGCUAUCACCUACACGGCAGAGCAGCUCUUCAGCAAGUCCAAACCCAAUAAACGCAAGAUUAUGAUCGUUAUCACGGACGGACGCUCCUAUGAUGACGUCAGAGUACCUGCACUGGCUGUCCAUAGUCAAGGCGUGAUCGCCUACUCCAUCGGCAUUGCCUGGGCCGCCCAGGAUGAGCUGGAGUACAUCGCCACCGACCCCGACAAGGAGCACUCCUUCUUUGUGGAUGAGUUUGACAACCUGUACAAAUUUGUGCCCAAGAUCGUCCAAAACAUCUGCCAGGAGUUCAACUCCCAGCCCAGAAACUGAGGAUGGUUGUAACGGGGGUCCGGGCGUCUUGGUCCUGGGCUGUCCUAACGCAACACUGACUGUAAAUUUACUCUUUCUGUUGGCCAUAUGUGCCACAUUGGCUGCAGCUCCUCGUAUUUGAACAGGGAGGGAUGUUCAAUUAGGUGAGGAUGGG